AUGCAAAACAUAAUAAAGAAUGGAGUCGCGAAGAGGCGGUUGAUACAGAAUUGUCAAAGAUCAUAUACAACUUAUAGCAUACCAUUAAAUGAACCUACUACAGCCACAACUACAACUACCAAUGUAAACUCAAAAUCAAAUUCGAUUAUACAGUCAAAUUCAUCAACUAUAAAUGAAAUACUAUCGAAUCUACCUUCCAAAAACCUUAUUGAUUCUUAUAGAUUAAGCUCAGUGUUUGCUUCGAAUAUACGAGAUACAAAAGAAAAACAAAUCAAGCAUCAACUAAUAAUAUUAGCAGAACAAAAAAAUAUCAAUAAAUUAAGUCAAUUACUUGAAACUUGGUCUGCUAAUGAUUUAAAUGGAAUGAUAGAAACAUUAGGUCGGGACUUGAUUUCAGAAUAUUUGAAUCUUAUAAUACAUGAAAAUAAAAAUGAAGUAAUUACUCAAUACACUAGUGUACCAAUCAACAAAUCCGCUAGAUCAUUAAGACUUUCUGAUAAAUUAAAUAAAUCUGGAUUUCAUAUGAAUAGUCAAUUGACAAAACAAGUAAGAAAUAUUUAUAAAAAUAUCAUAUAUUCAAAUAAAAGGGAAAGUCUAUAUGGAAAAGAAAAGAGAAAUGAUAUAUACAAUAGUCAAUGUUUGACAGGAUAUAGGUUAACUACCAAAGAUUUCACAAAUUUAAUGGAAUUAGAAUUAAGUAAUUUAAAACUAGAUCUAGCAUCAAGGUGGUUUAGAUUAUUUAGAAUGUAUAAUGAAAAUUGGCAAGAUUUAAUGACACCAGAAAUGUGGAAAUUAGCAUUUAAAAUUGAUGGAUAUGGAGAUAAUAGAAUAUGGACUUUAAAAGGUUCAGAUUUAUCAAAUUAUUAUAAAUAUAUUUUAAGAGGUAGAUUUGAACCUUCAAUGGAAUUAUCAAUAAAAUAUUUACAAGAUCAAAUUGAAGAUUUUGAUUUAGAAAUGCAUUCUAUUGUUAUUCAUCAUUUAGCAUAUAAAGGACAAAUAGACGUAUUAAAAAAAUAUGUUGAAAGUAUUUGGGGUAUUAAUAGUGAAGGAAAUUUGGUUGCUGAAGAGAACAAAUUAAAUACGAAUCAUCAUUUGUAUCCUGAUCUUAAAUUUUUGACCGCAUUAUUUGCAUCAUUGGCAUUUAAUGGUGAUUUUUUUCUGGGUAUUAAAUAUAUUAAUAAUUUUCAAACAGUUUAUGAUGAAAUAAUCGAAUCUGAUAGUGGUAAAAAAGUAUUUUGGGAACAAGUUUUUAAAUGGGCAGAUAUUUCAACAAUGUUUGAAGAAGAAAAAGCUUUAAGAUUUUUUUUAAAUAAAAGUAAUUAUUCAAGAGGUAAUGAUAUAAAAUUAGAAGAUGCUAAAAAUGAUGUUAAUUUUGAUUAUGAAGGUUAUUUACAAUUUAUUGAAAAAUUAAGAAAUGAAAGAUAUAAUACAUUUGAUCAAAUCUGGAAAAUAAUUCAAAAAGAUCCCCCAAUAAGUUAUUCAAGUUUUAUAUAUAAAGUAUAUUUGGAUAUAUUAAAAGAACAAAAUGAUGAACUGAGGAUAUUUGAUUAUUUGAAUAGAUUAUUAUUUGAAUAUGAGAGACAUCAUGUGGAUGGGGAUUCAUUUACAAAAAGAUCAGGAAUGGGGUUUGUACCAACUAAUGAUAAAGAAUUAGCUAUAGAAGUAUUAUAUUUGGAAGCUAUGAAAUAUCUUAUAGACUUGAAAGGAGAGAAUACUUAUAUAGGACAAAUAUUCCCACUAAUUGAAAAAUAUAGUAUUGACAAAUCAAUGAAACAUAAUUUAAAAACUUGGGUUAGAAAAGAAAGACUUAACAAGUAUAGAAAAAUUUUAGAAGGAAAGAGAGAAAAAUUCAUGAAUGAUUUAGCUAAUGAUGAUGAUAAUGAAUCACUUUUAGAAUUAAUGUAA